GUCUGAAUCGGUUUAUCUUUUUCCCCUCCGCCUGCGUAUUCUGCCUUUUGCCUCUUUUUCAGUUUAUUCUCAAAAUAAAAUUAAAGUUCUUUUCUUUGACCGCUUACUUUUCUCAUCCGAAACCAAACACUGGCUUUUCCUAGGGUUCCUUGCUUCUUCCUUCUUCCGCAUUCUCGAUUCCUCUCUAUCAAAACUCCGUUUCUCUUCUUUGUUCUUCCAAACACGUUUGGUUUCAAUGGCGGAUUUCACUUCCUCUGCUUCUGCUGCUGCUGAUUCUUCUUGCUCCUUGUCCGAGAAGCCGAUCGCAUUAAUGGCUGCUUCAUCCUCGUCGCCGCCGUCGUCGUCUUAUGGAGCAGUACUUGACGAUGGUUCCGAAGACGGUUGCAGCAUCUGUCUCGAGCCUUUCUCUGCUCAAGACCCUGCCACUGUUACCAGUUGUAGACAUGAAUACCAUCUUCAAUGCAUUCUUGAAUGGUCACAGAGAAGCAAAGAGUGCCCAAUAUGUUGGCAAUCGUUUGUCCUGAAAGAUCCUGCCAGCCAAGAGCUUCUAGAUGCUGUCAGGAUUGAAAGGCACUGCAGGUCAAGGAACCCUUCUCCUGCUGUUCCCAUAGAUUUUCAUCAUUUCCAUGACGAUUUUGGUACCGAGGAGGAUGCAUCUCAUUCAGAUGACUCAGACUUUGAUGAACGCAUUUUGCAGCAUCUAGCUGCUGCUGCGAGCAGAGCUCGUUAUGUUCGCAGAAGGGAAAGGCAAAGAUCUUCUGGGCUUGACCCUGCUCGAGUUCUUUUUUUUACCUCUCCUGAACAUAUGCCGCACACACAGCAGACAAAUCCAACUUCACCGGAUGAAUGCCAAAACUUAAGGUAUGGGUUAAGUCAGUGUGAUUCACUGGCUUCAGUCAUACCAAAUAUUGACCCUCCAUUACCUGUGAACCCAUCUGUUGAUGUGGUCUCUAGUUCUGCUGUCAGUGGAGAUAAGGCUAUCGACACAAGGCAGCCACAAGUGGAUACUCUACAUAGACCAAGCUCAUCUGAAACAUUUUCUUUCACUGAGUCUAUCAAAUCUAAAUGGUCCAUUGCUUCAGCCAGAUACAAGGAAUCUAUUUCUAAAGGUACCAGAGGUCUGAAAGAGAAGCUUCUUGCUCGUAAUAGCUCUGUUAAGGAGCUCAGCAAGGGAGUGCAGCGGGAGAUGAGUGCGGGGAUUGCUGGUGUUGCAAAAAUGAUUGAACGUCUAGAUAUUGCUACAAAAAGACCUGGAGCUUCUAUACCUGUUUCUGGUGGCACUGGUGGUACCCCAAACAUUUUAUUUAAGGGAAAGGGAGUGCAAGAAAAUGUUAUCGCUCAGAGUCUUAAUAAUAACCAUGCAGAAUUCUCUCAUGGUUUAAAUUCAGAAGAACCAUCUUAUUCCUCUUUUACCAUCCCGGGCAAAGUUGAAGUUUCUCCCACCCAGAGAGGACAUUGAUGCUGUUGAGUAUGUCAUUGGCUGGUUCGUUGUGGCAGUUAACAUUUUGUUUUGGAAGAGGCUAUUUAAUGCAAGUGAUGUUACAGUGAGGAAACCAAUUUGCCGGUUGGUUUGCGUCCUGCAUUGCCUAUAUCUUGCAAAAGAUUCCCCAAGUUGGAUGGUACAUACACCAUAUAUUGUCCUGACACCAACAUUUCCUUUUGUCAUAAAACACUGGUAGGAGUAGUAAGAAAGCAAGAAUUGUAAAAGCUUUCACCUUCUCUCCUAUUUGGUCUGUGCUGUUUGCGUUCUGGUUUUACAGAGGAGUUUGACAUUCAGCUUUUUCUGUUCUCUAAUUAUUCGGGCUAUUUAAAUUUGAAAAAAAUGCCUCUGUUUCUUACUUUCAGGUA